CGUGAUUUGUCGGAAUACAGUUGGGGAAAAGUGGUAACUAGUAGUGUUAGUGGAGAAGUGGUAGCUGAGUUGGGUCAUGUCCUAAUUUAGGGUGCGAUAAUUUAUGAGCACACGUAACUACGGGAGGAGUUCAGAGAGGAUGGAGGACCACCUGAUUGAAAAUGAGACCUCCUUUUACGUGAAGGCGGAGCAGUACUGGAAAGACAUCCCGCCCACUGUGGAUGGAAUGCUUGGAGGGUAUGGUAGCAUUUCCAGCAUCGACAUCAACGGUUCCAAAAAGUUCCUGCAGAAAUUCCUUGGGGAAGGCAAAGGUAAGACGAGACCAGGCUGUGCCCUGGACUGUGGCGCAGGAAUCGGCCGCAUCACCAAGCGUCUUCUCUUGCCGCUCUUCCGUACCGUGGACUUGGUAGACGUGACCCAGGAGUUCCUGGACAAAGCACGCUCGUACCUGGGUGAAGAGGGCAAGAGAGUGGAGAACUACUUCUGCUGCGGCCUGCAGGAUUUCCAGCCUCAGCCGGAUCGUUAUGACGUCAUCUGGAUCCAGUGGGUCAUCGGUCACCUGACUGAUGAUCACCUAGAGCAGUUCCUCAGGCGAUGCCGCAGUGCCCUGCGUCCCGAAGGCCUGAUCGUGGUGAAGGAUAACGUGGCAUACGAGGGCGUCGUGCCUGACGAGGUGGACAGCAGUGUGUGCAGAGACCUGUCCUUAUUACGCCGCAUAGUGGCCAGAGCUGGACUCAGCAUCAUCCAUCAGGAACAGCAGCAGAACUUCCCUGAGGAGAUCUACCAGGUCCACAUACUAGCUCUUAGAUAGGAGAUGCCUGCCUACCUACCUAAAUAAUGCAACGUUUUAUGAGCAAGAUGUUACACACAAUUGUUUCUUCCUGCCAUUUUUAAUGAUGCAUCAGUUUGGGACACUGCAAAAUGGUCAAUAUGUGCCUGUAUUAAGGGUCUGCGGUUUUAAGCAAGGCAGUUUUCAAGGUCUGAUUUGCACCCAGAUCCCUGGACUACCGCUAUCAGAGAACACAGAUUUCAUAUGAUAGUAUAAUAGUUAGCCAUUUUACACUUUUAAGAUAUCUAAAUCUCCGCUCAUCUGUAGUUACUCGCAGGAUGUUUUUGGACGAUAGAAUCUAUGUAAACAAAAGAACAUGUUUGUGCUUUCAUGGAAAUAAUGUUUGAUAUUUGAGGUAACAUGAAUUUUGGCCCAAACUCUGUGUGAGAGUAAUGUGUCUAGUUUGUGCAUAAGUUAUUAAGAGACAGAUUCAUGUGUGCAUGUAUUGUAUUUGUUUUGAGUGACUGUGGAUUUAAAUACAUAAAUAGCUCUGUAGAAAA